AGUCUUGAUUGUGAUCAACAAAGUGUAUACUUGGUGUCUAGUUGGUUUUAAUAAAAAUAUGGCAUAUAUAAUCAGAGCAGUGAAAAAUGCUACAGAGAAAUACCCAAUUCUACGUGGAAUGGUUACAUAUUCAGUUCUGUGGCCAGCCUCCAAUUUUGUACAACAGUCGAUGGAUAAAACAAGAGAAAAGUAUGACCCAGUAGAGUCAUUGCGUUAUCUAUUCCUUGGAAGUUUUGUUACAGCACCAACAGUUUAUGUCUGGGUAAAAUUAGCAAGUAAAAUUAUAAAGGGAACUUCUUUAAAGCAUGCUCUAAUGAAGGCUGGCCUAGAGCAGAUCCUUUUUGCUCCUGUAGGUCAGACACAAUUUUACUUGGGGAUUACUCUGCUGGAAGGUCGCCCCUGGCCUGAGUGCUUAAAAGAAUGGAGAGACAAAUUGAUUCCAACAUGGAAGGUUGCGGUGUGCUUUUGGCCAGUUGUCCAAACCGUCAAUUUUGCCUAUGUUCCAGAAAAGAACCGUGUAGUAGUGGUUUCUUUUGCAUCCUUCGUAUGGACAAUAUUCUUGUCUUACAUGCAUCACUUUGACCAAGAAAUGCUUCCAAUGUUUCUCAAGAGGAUGGAUCAGACGGGAGAGACACUUUCUAAUGGAGAAUGUUCACAAUCAGACAAAGAGGAAUUAACCAAAGAUAUGUUAUAGCAGCAUAACGCAUAACAUAUUAAGAGAGUAAUAACACUUCUGAUAGAUGAGGGACAUCUUGAAUUAAUAUUGUGUAUUAGGUUCUAGACCAGCGGCGCUCGUGACUUCUUUCUCCAACAAAAAUCAUCAACAGUCUUAAUUUACCUGAUUGUAAAACAGUAUUCCUUGAAGACAGCUUUGUAAUAUGUUCAUGAUGUGAACAAUGACUUAGCAAAUUGGCCUAUAAUAUUUUCCCUAAAAGACCGCGAUCCCAUUGAGAACUGCAACAUAUCGGUUGGAACCACUGCUUUACAGUAUAAAUCAUAGAAAGAGAAUAUCUUGCCCAUUUUAUAAAAGUGGUAAAAAAGGUACUUUCCAAUAAAUUAAAACAGCAUGUAAGAGUUUACAUAAAGCUGUUUUGAUAUUAUUGGAAAGUAUAUUUAAAAUCUAGUCUAAAGAUAUUACAGAUAAUGAAAAUGAUUGUUCUAGUAAUAAUUUGAAGUAGAAAAUGUAUUUCAUAUUUCAUGAUAUAUUUACUUCAUACAGCAUAUUUAUUUCAAUAUAUGUACAUUAUAUAUUUGUGUGUGUGUGUAAUACCUAUUGCAUCACUGUGAAACUUAUGUCAAUAAAACAGUUUGUUUUUA